AUGCGCACCAAGGAUGCGUUCAUCCCGCAGGCGCUGGAGUCCCUCCGCCGCGCCAAGAUGAAGUUCCCUGGCCGCCAGAUCAUCGUCACGUCGAAGUACUGGGGCUUCACUGACAUCCUCCGCUCCGAGUACGAGGAGCUGCGCGAUGCCGGCAAGCUGCAGCAGCGCGGCAUCCACGUCAAGAUGAUCGUACCCAAGGGUAAGAUCACUCCCUACAAUAUUCAGGCUUAG